ACUAUCGCUUUUACCUCGAGACUUACGUCUCUUUCUGGGUUCUCUCGGUCGAACUCGUUAUUAUCUUUACAAAAAUAAUUAUUGUCUUAUCUCCAUUAACAAUAAUCUUGACUUUUAUGACAACAGGGAGAUAACGACAUCAGACGUUUCAAAUUUCGAUUAAUUGUGUACGGCGAUUUUUCAAUUUCGAAGAAGGAAACGUCUUGUGGGUGGCGCGCAAUAGUGGUAUAAUGCGUACAUCGUGUAACAAUAAAGUGGUUCUGUGCUAGUGUUAAGUGAAAUAUAUAAUGUCUCCUAGUACGAGUACACCGACUGGAAGUACGUCCGAGGUUUUAACAAACAAUGGGAGCCAGUUAGAUAAUAGAUUGGAUAUCCAACAUAUCACGAGACCCCGUAGCAGUAGUUGGGGUACGCACCACAUAAAUCGUAGAAAUCGUACCCCUUCGGUCAUUGCUGUACAACAAAAUGCUAGAAGGAGGAUUAGUUGUAUGAAUACUGUUAGUGAAGAGGCAACAAGUAAAUUACACUUACAAGUAGUACGGGGCAAGAAUUUGAUGAAAAAAGAUAUAUUUGGUGCCAGUGAUCCAUAUGUUCGAAUUGAUUUAUUGAAAAUUAAUGGUGAUGAUAUUAUUGAUUCUGUAUUGACAAGGACUAAAAAAAAGACAUUGAACCCAGAAUGGAAUGAACAUUUUAUUUUUAGGGUAAAACCGAACGAACAUAAGCUAAUACUACAAGUUUUUGACGAGAACAGACUGACCCGCGAUGAUUUUUUGGGUAUGGUUGAGCUAUCUUUGCUCAAUAUUCCUACCGAACAAGAAGGACGCGUUAUACCACCAGUAAAAUAUCUACUGAGACCUAGAAGCGGUUUUAGCACGAAGUCGAGAGUUCGUGGCCACCUGGAGAUCUAUCACGCUUUUGUCGAGGGAGCCAACAAUUCAACGACGCCUAUAGACGAACCAAUUAACACCAACGAGUGGGAAAUUGUCGGUGAGGGUAGAGAGGAAACUGCGUCACAGCCUGUUUUGAUAAACUCGAACUCGACCGAAUCCCAGACCCCUCUGCCGGCUGGAUGGGAAGAACGACAAGACGCUAAUGGAAGAACUUACUAUGUAAACCAUAUAGCCAGAACUACUCAGUGGGAGCGGCCGACUUUAGCUAGUAACAGCCCAGAGACUGAUGAAACCAAUCGAGGUGAGGAAAGGGAGGUCUUUGAAAGGAGGUAUCAUAUUAGCGCAGAGGAGCAGAGCAAUGGUAGAGGAGAUACUUCAAGCAAUAAUCAGCAAUCAGAUGAAGACAACAACGCCCCAGCGGAUCCCGAAUCACCAACAUCUGAGGAACCAGUGAACCUUCGAGUACGGUCCGAUGAGGAGAACGGUUUGCUCUCUGUUCCAACCAAUGGGGAAGCAGUAGGAUCUCGUAGAAGCGAUGCGUCUGAUUUGACUAAUCGAUUGAGCGUAACUGAUUCAGACUACAACGGAUCUGCUGAAAGUGAGGACGACAGUCGGAGAAAUAGUUUGGAGGAAGCUGAGUCCGCGAGAUUAGCUUAUCCAUUAAGAAUCAGGAGCUUUGAUCAUGUCGAUAGCAAUAGUUCAUCUAGGAGAGAUUCUCCUGUGUCCACGCAUGCUACUAACAGCAAUAACGCCUCGGAAAAUGAUUUGACAGCUAUCGGGGAGGAUUUGCCUCCAAAUUGGAGUGUACAAAGAGCACCAAAUGGCAGACUCUUCUUCAUUGACCAUCGAGAGAAAACCACCUCAUGGGUAGAUCCAAGAACAGGUAGGGCUAGCCCCAUGCCUAACCAGCCUACAGUUCAACCCAUUAAUAGGAGACCAGAUGACGACUUGGGUCCAUUGCCUGAAGGUUGGGAAGAAAGGGUACACACUGAUGGUAGAAUAUUUUUUAUUGACCACAAUACAAGAACGACGCAAUGGGACGAUCCUAGACUUUCUAAUCCACAAAUCGCCGGGCCAGCAAUACCCUACUCUAGAGAUUAUAAAAGAAAAUACGAAUACAUGAAAACCCAACUCAGGAAGCCCACUAACGUACCAAACAAAUUUGAAAUUAAAAUUCGCCGAAGAAGCAUUUUAGAAGACUCAUUCAGGGUUAUAACGACGGUGCCGAGAGUAGACCUCCUCAAAACAAAACUGUGGAUCGAAUUCGAAGGCGAAGUCGGACUAGAUUAUGGAGGUUUAGCAAGAGAAUGGUUUUAUUUACUUUCUAAAGAAAUGUUUAAUCCUUAUUAUGGGUUGUUCGAGUAUUCUGCCAUGGACAACUAUACCCUUCAAAUCAACCCCACGUCUGGCCUUUGUAACGAAGAACACUUGGCAUACUUUAAAUUCAUCGGUAGGGUGGCUGGCAUGGCAGUUUAUCACGGAAAACUCUUGGAUGCUUUCUUUAUCAGACCGUUUUAUAAAAUGAUGCUCUCCAAAACUAUCGACCUUAAAGACAUGGAAUCCGUAGAUUCUGAAUAUUAUAAAUCGUUAUUAUGGAUUAAGGAAAAUGAUCCUUCCGGUUUAGAUCUCACGUUUUCGGUUGAUGAAGAGUCGUUCGGUCACACAACUGCCCAUGAGCUUAUUGACGGUGGAGCCAAUAUACCUCUCGAUAACUCUAACAAAGACGAGUAUAUUAAGUGCAUUAUCCAGUGGCGGUUUGUCGAAAGAGUGCAAGAGCAAAUGAAUGCCUUCCUCGAAGGUUUUAGUGACCUAGUACCACUGAACGUGAUUAAAAUAUUCGAUGAGCACGAACUGGAGCUGCUUAUGUGUGGUAUUCAACACAUCGACGUGAAAGACUGGAAGCAGAACACUUUAUAUAAAGGCGACUAUCAUGCUAAUCACCUUGUUGUGCAAUAUUUUUGGAGGGUUGUAUUGUCCUUUAACAAUGAAAUGAGAGCUAGACUGUUACAGUUCGUAACGGGAACUUCGAGAGUCCCUAUGAACGGUUUUAAGGAGUUGUACGGUAGCAAUGGACUGCAGUUAUUUACAAUUGAAAAAUGGGGUAUCACCGAUAACUUCCCUAGGGCACACACUUGUUUCAACAGAUUGGAUCUGCCUCCGUACGAAAGCUACGCUCAACUAAAAGAAAAAUUAAUUAAGGCCAUUGAAGGUUCGCAAGGCUUCGCGGGGGUUGACUGAAUGGAUGAUUUUUACAAUUUAUUGUAAUUGCCUUGAGAUUAUUCUUUAUAUGAUUCUGUCCACUAUGACUAGCGUAUUUUUUACUCUAUAUAGUUCUGAGUUACAUAGUCAAAUGCGUGAGUAAUAAUUAAAGACUUUAUUAUACAUUUAUUUGACUUAGAAGAGGUGGUGCUAGACGAGAAUUAUAAAAAAUUCUAAGGAAACGACUUUCCUAAAAUACAUAAUUAAAGUCGAUAUUUAAUUUAUAUUAAGAAUGAAAUUUUAUUAUACGUCUCAUGCACUUGAACUAUUUUACUCUAAAAUUAUUUUCUUUAAUAAUGCCUCUUAGUUAAAAGUGAGUUUGCAAAACGUACUUUCUAUAUAAAAAAAAAUUACCCUGUAUACGACAGGGAUUGACCAAACAAAUUUCAACUCAGUUAAAACCGCCCUUGGAAAAGUGCAAUUAUAAAAACAGCUGUCGCCCUGUUAUAUAUUUGUAACUAUUUCUUCUGUCUUUUAAAGUUAUAUCAAAAUGGUUUGCUCGUUUUGAUGGUAUACACUUGUAGAUUGUGAUACUCUAUUUAUAGGCUUUUUUUUAAAUCUGAAAUUGUGGUAUAUAUACUUGUUAUAAUGUAUAAAAAUUUAUUACGAUUAGAUUGUAUAUUUAGUCAUUAUUUUACUAGUAAAAACUGUUUUUAUUUA